GCUGGGUCCGCCCCACUUGAAAACAAAUGGAGCAGUGAACGAGUCCCCGGAGAAAUGGCUGGGAGGUGGAGACGCAUUGAUUUUUCUCUCCACCCCCAGUUCGAGGCGAGACUUCCGGGAAGAAGAUGAGCGUUGCGGAGGUGCUUUUAUAUACGGAGAUGCUGUUGUAAACCUGGGGAUGCCGAAGAGGUGGACUUCCCAAUGAUGACAGGAGCUGCUUCUCCGAUCCUGUCAAGCAAGUUUUCUAUGCCAUGAAUAACACCACUAUGCCCACUUCUGCUGGGCCAACCAGUGACUCCCUGGUGGGUUAUAUUCUAGUGCCGUUUUUCCUUAUCACCAUUGUUGGAAUCGUCAUGGCAGUGAUGAUGUAUAUCCAGAAAAAAAGGAGAUAUGAUCGACUACGCCACCACCUGCUGCCAAUGUACAGUUAUGAUCCUGCGGAGGAGCUGCAUGAGGCUGAGCAAGAACUCCUAGUAGAGCCAGAGGACACUAAAAUGAUGCGAGGUUGGGGAGGAUACCAGCCCUAUCGUAAUUCAUUUAUGGAUGUGAAGGCUUGAUGGUACUCAUCUCGGACUGAUCACAGAAUGUAGAUGGAUGACCUCUUCUACCUGGCAUGUGUGCCAACCUGAAUGCCAUUAACGUUGCUGCCUUUCUUCACACUUCAGUACUACAGCCUCUUGCUGGGACUUCCAGUAACAGAAGGUGUAAUGGAUGCCAGCCAUGUCAAGGAGAUUGGCACUGAGCACCUGGUACAAAGAGUAGCCUAAGGGGUUGGAGAAUUGUGUUUGGAACUAGGACAGCUUGCUAUAUGGCAUCAUUCUUCGUAUCAACUGUCUCCUGAUUUACCUUUUAUGUGGAUGAUGAGAUACAGGAGUUUAUGAAAUUUCAAGUAAAAGUAUUACUAAAUAGCUCUUGCAUUAUGGGCAUCAAUCUUCAAAAGCUCGGCUUUGUUUAAAAAACAAACAAAAGCAAAGCAGUCAAUCUCCAUUUCCUUUUGUGAACAAAGAGCAUCAGAAUGCAGCUGCUAUGAUAUCCCAGCACAUU